AUGGCCACGGAGCAAACUGGUAGCAGGAAGCGGAAAGUGCCCACCAUUGAGGGUGCCUCCUUAUGCUCGUCGUCGCAGGGUUUGGUGGCGACUGACGGCGAGGGUCCGCUGCUGCCCAAGAAGCAGAAGCGUCUGGCAACACAGCUCUCGCUGGUGCCCUACCUGAAGGCGGAGGUGAGCGCGAGGGGCCAUACAGGGCUUCCGGGCUUCCAGGGCGAGCUGCGCGGCUACGCGGUGCAGAAGCUGCCCGAGCUGCUGCGAGAGCGCGCGCUGGCCCUGGGCACUCUCAACAAGGUGUUCGUGUCACAGUGGCUGAACGCCAGGCAGGUGGUGUGCGGCACCAAGUGCAACACAUUGUUCGUGGUGGACGUGCAGUCAGGCCACAUCACGCGCAUCCCACUCAUGCGGGACCGGGAACCUGAGCUUUCCCAGGACCAGUCGAGCUGUGGCAUCCACGCCAUCGAGCUGAAUCCCUCGAAGACGCUUCUGGCCACCGGGGGCGAGAACCCCAGCAGCCUGGCUGUCUACCAGCUGCCCACCCUGGAUCCAGUGUGUCUGGGUGACCGCCAUGGCCACAAGGACUGGGUCUUCACCGUUGCCUGGAUGAGUGACACAGUGGCUGUGAGCGGGUCCCGCGACGGUACUGUGGCUCUAUGGAGAAUGGAUCCCGACAUGUUCAAUGGUAACAUCGUCUGGCACAAUGACACAGAGCUCCCAGUGUAUGCCCACAUCUGUCCGAGGAACAUGGAGACCAUCCCCACGUCCAGCACCAAUCCCAGUAACCGAAAGGUGAGAGCCCUGGCAUUCAGUGGCAAGAAUCAGGAGCUGGGAGCAGUGUCCCUAGAUGGCUACUUCCACCUCUGGAAAGCCCAGAGUACCCUGUCCAGGCUGCUCAGGCUGCCCUACUGCCGAGAGAACGUGUGCCUGACCUACUGCGAGGAUUUGUCCCUGUUUGGAGUGGGGUCCCAGUCCCAUGUCUCCUUUCUGGAUCCGCGCCAGCACCAGCAGAACAUCCGGCCCCUGUGCUCCAGAGAAGGUGGCACUGGCGUGUGCUCACUGAGCUUCUACCAGCACAUCAUCACUGUGGGCACUGGCCAUGGCUCCUUGCUCUUCUAUGAUGUCCAAGCCCAGAAGUUCCUGGAAGAGAGGGCCUCAACCAGCCUUGACUCCUCCCAGGGGCCCGCAGGGAGGAAGAUCAGGCUCACCUGCGGUAGAGGCUGGCUCAACCACGAUGACCUGUGGGUGAACUACUUUGGUAGCAUGGAUGAGUUCCCCAGUGCUCUUUACACACACUACUACAACUGGUCAGAGAUGAAGCUCUUUGUGGCUGGGGGACCUCUCCCUUCAGGCCUCCACGGGAACUAUGCAGGCCUCUGGAGCUAA